CGUGACUGCGGGUGAAACCAAACUUGCUACUAGUGUUACUUCCGAGUGCGUCGGUGGCGCUACGACUCAGGUGUUUACACCAGUGCUAACAUGACGUUUUUGUUAUUUAAGAAAGCAGCUGAGUUCGUAUAACGGGAAACUACACGUAGAGGUGCUAAAACGGAGUAGAAAUGCAAGUGUUCAACCCCGCCCCGCUACAAAAAUGUGAAUGAUUACCCCCAGAAGGCAAUAACCUACAGGCAGAAGUUAGCUGGAUAUACCCGUCCCUCCGUAAUUAUUAAAGAUGUCAGGUGGGAAUUUCUUGAGCAAGGUGCGGUCCACCUUCAGGAGGGAGAGAAACGACUGGGACCUGAGCGACACGGCGCCCUUUGACUUCUCAGACGAGCUGGUGGAUGAUGAGAUGCCCAAAUUCAACAAGCUGAAGGUCGUGGUCUCCGGAGAGAUGUCAGAUUACUCUGCCGGAGCUCCGUCCAACGGCGUGGCGGUGAACACGCUGGUGGUGGCAGAUGAUGACGACUCCCUGCUGGAGUCCUCGUCCAGCCUGGGCAGCCCGGGGUUAAACAUGGACCCUUGUGACAACUGCAACAAGAAGAGGGAGAGGAUCAAACACAGGAGGGUGAUGAAGAGGCUUGUCAUUGCGGCUUUGUUGUAUUUCCUUUUCAUGACGGGUGAAAUUAUAGGUGGUUAUGUGUCAAACAGCUUAGCCAUUAUGACUGACGCUGUGCACAUGCUAGCAGAUGUCGUGGGCAUUUUGUUUUCUCUACUGGCUCUGUGGCUCUCCACCAAGCCACCCACAAAGAGAUAUACCUUCGGACUGCAUCGCCUCGAGGUGGUAUCGGCAGUCCUCAGUGUGGUGCUCAUCUACAUUCUCACGGCCAUACUGCUCUACGAGGCGGUUCAGAGGACGGUACACCAAGAGUUCGACAUAGAUGGAGAUGUCAUGCUCAUCACUGCAGCAGUGGGGGUGGCUGUCAACCUCAUAAUGGGUUUCUUGUUAAACCAAGGUGGUCACCUCCACUCUCACGGCCAUGGUCACUCUCACGGCCCUGCAGCUGUCUCAAGUUCACAGUCUGGUGGGUCCGGGCCGGCGCAGAGGCAGCACGGCAGCCUGGCUGUAAGAGCUGCCUUCAUCCACGCUUUGGGAGACCUCCUCCAGAGUGUCGGGGUGCUCAUAGCUGCCUAUGUUGUCCGCUUCAAGCCGGAGUUUAAGCUGGCAGACCCCAUCUGUACCUACAUCUUCUCCGUUCUGGUUCUGUUUACCACAUUCCGCAUCAUACGAGACACAAUAGUCAUUGUGCUGGAGGGUGUUCCCAGGCAUUUGGACACUGUACGAAUCAAAGAGGACCUUCUGAAGCUGGAGGAUGUCCAAUCAGUCGAUGAGCUGAAUGUCUGGGCGCUGACGGCAGACAAGACUGCAGCACUAGUGCAUAUCCAGCUCACACCCUCUAGUGCUAACAACUGGGAGGACGUCCAGGCGAAGGCUCGCCACCUGCUGCUUCACACCUACGGUCUCACCAGAUGCACAGUGCAGAUCCAGACACACAGGCUGAGGCCGGUACGCAGUUGUGCACACUGCCAGCAGCCCAGCGCCUAAAGAGAGACACAUGCUUACAUUGACUUCCACAGUGCAUUUCAUGGAGCCGGAGGACACAGACGGCCUUGAUGUUGCAUCACUGUCGCAGCUCAGUGUCACAGCAGGAGCAACAGGAUACGGCUAUAACUGGAAAAAAAAACUGGUGCCAAAGGAGAGUCAGUGGAACAAGGGCAGAUGCACAUUUCUAAUUAGAGGUUCACUGCAGCCUCCGGGGACCUUAUGCUCUCACGCCUGCAAAGCUUUGGUAGUGGAGUUUGAAUGCUGAGGAAAAAAAAGCUUGCUCUUAAUUCACCAAUAAAGCCUAUUCCAACAGGUAACUUUCUUUUGUAUUUUACAGUUUGAUUUAUCAAAAAUGAUGUUUUGUCAUCAGAUGUAAAUUUUAGUUUUUGUUACUAGGUGUGAGGACUGUAUACUAAGAUUUUAUUAUUUUACUAUGGAUGUCAGCAACUGAAAAGGUACCUCAUGUCACUUGAUAAUAACUGUGGUCACAGUCCAUAUAAGCUGUACUCCUCACCACUGGCUUAAGUGAGGCACAAAACCUUCAUCAUCCCUUUAGUAGACAUUAGAUUUCAUCAAAUGCACUUAAUCAAUAAUAUCCUUCAGCCAAAGUCUGUUGUAAGGUACAUUUUUAGAAAAAAAGACAACGUAUCGGCUGUACUGACCAACACUUAAAAAACACUUUUAACUCUGACAUUUUAUUCUAGCAUGUCUCUUAUUAAUUGUGACGAGCAAGCAACUGACAAUCAAAGUGUGACUGACUUUGAAUAAAAGGUAAAUGCUACAGUGGUUGGACUGACUUCAGUAUGGUUUUAGCCUUACACUCUAUACUCAGCUUUUUUCAUAUCUUCAACUGACCGUAUAAUAACGCACACAUGUUUGGGAGAUCUUCAGUGUUUCAAAGUUGCAGUGUUUUUCAGGGAGGGAGGCGUGAGUUGAAAUUUGCCAAUAAUGGUGGUUAUAGUGUUUUCUCUGUCAAGUGUUGAGAGACUGUGGAGGGGGGUGGGGUUUAUGUUAAACCUUUCCACGUCUCUGAUAUUAAUCAUCAAGAGAAAUCAGGAACUGGAUCACUGUUUUUGUUUAUAAUAAAGUAUUUAAUCUUU